UUGCUGUCACUGUCACUCACUACGUCAAACGAACGAGGUGUACGCUUGCCUAUUUUUUUGGAGAAAUCCAAAGAAUAGGUAUAAGGUUAAUAGCGAAGAAUUAGCACAACAAACAAAUGGCUGCAGCAGCAUCAAGACGUUCACUGGGGCAAUUACUUCAGCAAGGUUGGAAUGAAAUCCCCGAGGUUUUGGCCUCAACUGGUUUAGCCUUAGUUGGUGUCGGCCUGGCUACCUGGGGCUGCUAUAACUAUGCAAAGAACGAUGGAGACAACAGAAGAUACAAAAUGACCUACGUUGUGAUGAGGCCUGACGAUCCCAAGGCAAAACUAAUUAGAAAAGACUAAGUUCAAGCUAUUUGUAGGCUCAUUGUGUAUAGUGAAAUCAUUGUUAUGUAAUAAAGCUUUUAUUGAUA